AUAGUCAGCGAUGAAGUGCUCAAUAUCAUUUCCGUGGUGGUCAAGUGUGCAUUGAACCAAGUCUUCAGUGUGUUUGGCAUCUUGACCGAUUCGGUUAACCUCAUGAUUUUCUGGAAAUUGGGGUUUAAAGAGACCAUUAACGUGUCGCUAUUUGCCAUGGGAGUUUCUGAUAUCGGGAGCCUAGUAUCCCUUUUUUGGAUGGGGAUCUGUUACAAUCCAAUCUUCGCCGACUCUGAUAUUAGCUUUGACUCGCGGAGUGUGCAGUACCUCACAGGAGGGUGGCCGAAAUUUUACUUGACCCGAAUAAGUGGCUUGAUUACGGCUUACGUGACUUUUGAGCGAUGCCUCUGUACGGUCAUCCCUUUAAAGGUGAAGUCCAUGCUCACCCCAAAACGAGUCUCGGUCAUCAUUGCCGUCAUUUUCACCGCCAUCGCUCUGACGGUAUCUCCCAUCUACGUCUACACCCAGUUUGGCCAGAGGUGGUAGCCGGGUAGGAACAGCACGCUGGUGGGACUCAUUUUCUCGGCCAACAAAGAAACGGUCAACAGCAUCACGUUAGGCCUCAGCGUGCUCCUCUGUGACGGGUCAUUUCUGUUCGUGGCCGCCGGCACGGUUAUCCUCGUGCUCAACUUAAAAAAAUCUCUACAGUGGAAGGAGACCGCUGCAAGAACGUCAGACAAGAGACUCUCUAAAGAGACGAAAGCCAGUAAAAUGGUGACGUUUAUCGCAGUGGUCUUUAUAACUUGCUUGUAGCCGGGAUCGCUUUUCUCCCUUGCCAUGAUUGCGAUUCCCGAGUUCAACUCGGGCGAAUCCCAGCAGAACCUGUUCUUUGCAUCGUGGUCGUUCGCGCACAUUUCAGGAGCGCUGAACGCAUCCAUCAACAUGAUCAUCUAUGUUCAUAUGAGCACGAGAUUUAAGAAAGAAUUUUGUAAGACGUUU